GUGACACUCCUUAAGCUCAUAUAUAUUUGAAGAACUGAAAGUACAAACUACAAAAACUAGUUUUACUAUAAAACAUCAACCGAGAACAGAAAGAAAUGGACUUGGAUGGUGGCACUCAGAAGCUCUCAGAGUUGAGGAUUGUGUUAAUGGGGUAUAAAGGAGCUGGAAAGAGUUCAGUAGGAAACAUCAUCCUGAACAGAGAAGAGUUUGACCUGAAGAGAACUGCUCAGUGUGUGAAGAGACAGAGAGAAGUAGCAGACAGACACAUCACUGUCAUAGAAGCUCCAGGAUGGUCCCACACUAUACCAGUAUGUGAUAUCCCUGAGUUACUGAAACAAGAGAUUUUACUCAGUUUGUCUCUGUGUCCUCCAGGACCUCACGUUGUUCUACUGGUCAUACGUGUGGACACAUUUUUGGAUGGUGUUAAAAGACAUGUAUUGCACGGGUAUGUUCAGCUGCUCGGUGAGAGAGUCUGGAGUCACACUAUAGUGCUCUUCACUCAUGGAGACUUUCUAGGAGACACAUCUAUAGAGCAACACAUUGAGAGUGAAGGAGAGGAUCUCCGGUGGCUGGUGGAGAAAUGUGGGAACAGAUAUCAAGUUCUCAACAAUAAGAAUAAGAGUGAUGACACUCAGAUCAAACAUCUGCUGGAGAAGAUAGAAGAGACAGUGACACAAAACAACAGCCGCGUUUUGACAAUAAACGAAAAGAUUUUUCAGAGGUUGGAAGAAAUAAAGAGAGCAGAUAAGAGAGCAAAAGAACGAAUGAAGAGAAUGAAGAAACAGAGAGAGGUGACCAGAUCACAGAUGAGUGACACUCAGAAGCUCUCAGAGUUGAGGAUUGUGUUAAUGGGGUGUAAAUAUUCUGGAAAGAGUUCAGUAGGAAACAUCAUCCUGAACAGAGAAGAGUUUGACUUGAAGACUACUGCACAGUGUGUGAAGAGACAGAGAGAAGUAGCAGACAGACACAUCACUGUCAUAGAAGCUCCAGGAUGGUUGUGGAAUGGACCUGUAAAGAAGAGCCCUGAGUUACUGAAACAAGAGAUUUUACUCAGUGUGUCUCUGUGUCCUCCAGGACCUCAUGUUGUUCUACUGGUUAUACCCGGGGACUCUAUAUUCAAAGAUAUUGAGAGAAAAGUAUUGCAGGGGUAUGUGGAUCUUCUCGGUGAGCGAGUCUGGAGUCACACUAUAGUGCUCUUCACCUUUGGUGACUUUCUAGGAGACACAUCUAUAGAGCAACACAUUGAGAGAGAAGGAGAGGAUCUCCAGUGGCUGGUGGAGAAAUGUGGGAACAGAUAUCAUGUUCUCAACAAUAACAACAGCAGUGAUGACACUCAGAUCAAAGAUCUGCUGGAGAAGAUAGAAGAGACAGUGAUGAAAAAGAAUGGCUGCCAUUUUGAAAUAGACAGAAAGAUUUUACAGAGGGUGGAAGAAAUAAAGAGAGCAGAUGAGAGAGCAGAAGAACGAAUGAAGAGGAUGAAGAAACAGAGAGAGAUGAUCAGAUCAAUGACGAGUGACACUCAGAAGCUCUCAGAGUUGAGGAUUGUGUUAAUGGGGUAUAAAUAUUCUGGAAAGAGUUCAGUAGGAAACAUCAUCCUGAACAGAAAAGAAACAGAAAACAGAGAAGAGUUUGACUUGAAGAGAACUGCUCAGUGUGUGAAGAGACAGAGAGAAGUAGCAGACAGACACAUCACUGUCAUAGAAGCUCCAGGAUGGUGGAUGAAUGAACCUGUGAAGAAGAGCCCUGAGUUACUGAAACAAGAGAUUUUACUCAGUGUGUCUCUGUGUCCUCCAGGACCUCAUGUUGUUCUGCUGGUUAUACGUGUGGACAUUAGAUUUAAAGAGACUGAGAGAAAAGUAUUUCAGGGGUAUGUGGAUCUUCUCGGUGAGAGAGUCUGGAGUCACACUAUAGUGCUCUUUAAUCGUGGAGACUUUCUAGGAGACACAUCUAUAGAGCAACACAUUGAGAGAGAAGGAGAGGAUCUCCAGUGGCUGGUGGAGAAAUGUGGGAACAGAUAUCAAGUUCUAAACAAUGAGAAGAGGAGUGAUGACACUCAGAUCAAAGAUCUGCUGGAGAAGAUAGAAGAGACUGUGACACAAAACAAUAGCUGCUGUUUCAAAAUGGAUAGAAAAGCGGAGCAAGAGAGAAUGAAAAAACAUAUUAAGAAGAUAGUCAGAUCACACAUGCUGAGUGAGGAUGAGAUGUCUAAUACAGUCUCUCUGGGAAGUUCUGCCUAUGGUUCAUUCAGAUCUGGAUCAGAUGCAGAUAACAGUUCUAUUUUUGCAUCAUCAUGCUCUAAAGACAGACCUAUCAGCUUUGGAGAGAGUAAGGAUGAGAUGUCUAAUACAGUCUCCCUGGGAAGUUCUGCCUAUAAUUCAUACAGAUCUGGAUCAGAUGCAGACAACAGUUCCAUUUUUGCAUCAUCACGCUCUAAAGACAGACCUAUCAGCUUUGGAGGUGGAUCUGUACACCCAACUUCUGAGUCUGUGGAACAUUCAUGAAUCAAAUGUAAGGGUUGUUUCUCUAUAGUGGAUCAGGCUGUAAGGAAUGUUGAAAUGACUAUAAUGAAAUGUUAACAAGAUGGUGUAUUUCUUUUCAAUUACCACCCUUCUGCUACUUGCUAUAACAACAAUGUAAAUGAGCACAGUGGUGGACCACUGCUAGAACACAACUACAUUGUAGGGUUGUCACGGUACCAUAAUCAUGUCUUACGAUACUAUACCAGCUGAAGUAUCUCGAUACCAAGUAGUAUCACGAUGCUGUGCCAUAUAAUUCAAAUUUAUACAAAAAACACAGAUUUAGAUGAAACAUUUUGUAUUUACUAUAGUAAACUGUAUUAUACUUUGCACUAGAAUAUGUUGUUGUAUUAACUGUAGUAAUUGGAUAAAUUGUAGCAAAUACAUUUACAUUUAGUCAUUUGUAAAUACUAUAAAUACUGUAGUAUACUUAAAUAUUUACUGUGAUAAGACUCAAAAACACUAGUAUCUAUGAGUUUUAGUAGUUUACUGUAGUAAAUACUAAAGUACACUAGAUCAUUUUUCACGUAGGAACUAAUUCAAAUGUUGGACAAAUUUAAUUGAUACAGCAGUCUUUAUAAAUGGAAAUAUUAGGCUUACUUUAAAUGCAGAACUAAAACGGCCAGUAGGUGGCGUCAAUUUUCCACUGAGUUAGUGAAUCAUUUAACCUACUCGUUCAAAUCGCCAAUUUGAAUCAUUAACUCGUCCGAGACAUUCAAAACACACAUUCAUUUUGGAGAUAAACACCGCAAAAAGGCAGAUGUAAGUGUUAAAUUAAUAUUAUUGCGCAUAUGCAACAUUAACUACGAUACUACCGUUUCAAAAAUAGAGAGGCAUCGCGGGUAUUUUGAAGCUUUAGCAUCGCGAUGCUACCGUAGCACCGGUACACCGUGCAACCCUACUACAUUGUAUUGCAAUAUUGUUUAUAUAUAUUAUAUAUGUUAAUAUAUUAUAUCUAUAAAUGUAAAAUAUAUAUAAAUAUAAACAUUAAAUCAAGUGUGUACAUUAGUAAAACAACACAACAUGAAUAAGAUGAAUAUCACCACUACAGCGCAACCUAUAACUAUAUAAGAAAUGCAACUGAUGUUUUUUAAAAGUGUGUUUUAAUCAUUUGAGACCAAAUGUGAUUAAUAUUGGUGUAAGGAGUUAUGAUGUGCUUGUAAACCAGUUCUACUUUUUACAGCAUCAAGUGAAUAUGAAUAAUGUGAAUAACAUAACCACUGAUUAAUGUUUAACUUAUGACCGUAUAUAUAUUGCUUUUGAAAGAAUAUCCAUUAUUGUAGUUCUGAUCAUUAAUGUUAUUGAUUCUAGUGUUAGUACAUCAGGUAAAAUAUAUCCUAUUUUUUUAUAGUUCAAUAGCGCGGUUUGCUAUAUUAUAAACGCAUUCCUUCUAUAUUUAGUGCCAAAUAGGCCUAUAAAAGCUCCUAAAUGGGGUUAGCAUACAUUGUUGGUUUUUAAAUGAUAAAGAUAUAAAUUUAAAACAAAAUAAGUACUUUUUAUGUAGUCUAUUUAUUGGUAAAUGCAGAACACUGAAGAAUGAGACGCAAGAACCAAGGUAUAGCCCAAACAGCUGAAGUUAAAUAUAAGAAAAAUAUGAAUAUAUGAAAACAAAAGCAAAUUGUUUGGGCUUGUUGGUGCAAAUUUACAGAACUUCAAUAAAAAUGAUAACAGAACGAUGCGCAGUUUUAAUAAAAAAUGUGUCAGUAGCCUGUUUUUACUAGGCUAUACUUUAACUGCAAUACAAAAGGCAAUUAUUUUGUUUUACAUGUUUUUGUUUAGAAAAAACAAGCAUGCUCAGGUAGGGUCAAAUCAGUCUGUUAAUAAAAAAUCGCUCCUCCACGUCGUGUACAUCAAGAGACGUACAAGACUUGUUUUGAAGGUUGCUAAGCGAUCAAGUUUAUUAAAGUUCUCUACCAUUGUAACUUUGUGUUGAUCGAUGAAGUCAUUUAAAACUUGCUGCAUUUAGAGGCGACAUAUUCUGUCUCAAUUUCAGUUUACAUGCUCGGGACACAUACAAACACUCGAGACCUCCGAAGAGUACAGCGGAUAGUUCGGACUGUUGAGCGAAUCACUGGUACUACCCUUCCACUGCAAGAACUGUACUCUUCCAGAGUGAGCGAGUAAAAGGGCUCGCAAAAUCUCUCUGGACCCCUCACACCCAGCACACUUUCUCUUUGAACUGCUGCCGUCUGGUCGGCGCUACAGAGCACUGAGCACCAAAACAGCCAAAUAAAGUUUCUUCCUUCAGGCCAUCUGCCCCAUGAACAGUUGAACAGUUAUGUUGUCCCCACUGUUGAAUAAAUAUGUGCAAUACUAAACUACUCAUUUAUACUCAUAUUUAUUUAUUAUACAUAUGUUACUGAUUUAAUAUAUCAUACAGCUAUCCCAUUCCCUUACACAAUUUGUAUAAAGCACCUUAUAACUUGUAUGUAGCACAUGCAUACAAUAUAGCAUCCGCUGCUCUUUUGACAUAUAUUGUUUUUUUCAUAUGUGUAUUGUCUAUUACAUAUAUUUGUUUAUAUUUUGUUACGUCUCGUCACUUGUCACUUUCAACUGUAUUUGGCAGCUUCUGUCACUAAUUCCUCGUGCGUAGAGCACA